AUGUCUACUUUUACGCCAGAUAACCAGAAUACUGUUCGCGAUAUUGUGGAUAUCAAGAAUAGGAUUCAGGUUACUGAGAAUGCCGACCUCAUCGAUCUCACAAGUGACGAUGAGCGAUCUGACCCGACAAGAUCCGGUGGAACUUACAGCAACGAAGUGAUUUCGAUCUCAGACAGUGAAAGGGGAUCUCCUGGAAAUGCUUCCAAAAAGCCGACAAUGGUGACACCGGAAGAGCUGGCGGAAAUUCUAGAGAAGCAUAGUAUCACGGGCGACCCCAGAGAAGCACGAAUGGAACCUGCGUCAAAAUUCGUCAGGGCGUACCUGAUCAAGAAUGAGCCAAAAUUUGUGAGAGUUAUGGAAUACAGAAAUCGGGGUUGGAUUGAGAAUAAGGAAAAGGGGGACGCGCACUUCAAGGCACAGCGAGCAAAGGCAGAUCAAGCGGACCAUUCUGGAGCGGAGAGAUUCUACAUAAUGAUGCAGCAGAUUGCGAAAGAGAUGCAUAUGGUUACUGGAGCUCUAGAGCCCCGUCAGCAAGAAGAACAACUGAAGUGUCUUGACAUUUGCAUGGCACCAGGAGGCUAUACAGCAGCGGUACUCGAACGCCAUCCCAAUGCCAAAUGUUUUGGUAUUACAUUACCUACGAAACAAGGUGGUCAUCCUCUGUACGUUUCCACCAAUGUACUGGCUGGCCUUAAACAGUUCGACGUCACUAUGCUGGCGAACGAGUAUUCGACAGGAGCUAUUCCAAGAAACCAUCCCGCGUAUUCCGAGUUUAUUCAUCUGCGCCCCUUCAACCAUUACAAAUUCGACCUCAUAUUUUGUGAUGGUAUGGUCCUGAGGACUCAAGAGCGUCCUUCAUAUCGCGAACAAGUGGAGGUCACACGUCUAGCCUGUUCUCAAAUGAUUCUGGCACUUCAAAGAAUUGCCGCUGGCGGUACAAUUGUAAUGCUACUACACAAAAUUGAUUCUUUCCAAGCUGCUUUUAUACUAUACACGUUUAGCAAAUUUGCGGAGGUCGAUUCGUUCAAACCAGCGAGAAAGCAUGGUUCUAGAUCUUCCUUCUAUAUGGUUGCAAAGAAUGUUAAGCCUCAAAGUACCGCUGCCAUAUCAGCAAUUGUGGAAUGGAAAAGCUCAUGGUGGCAGGCCACAUUUGGAGGUGAGGAUGGAACCGGUGAGCGCAAAGAGGACCCGCCAGAGAGUGUAGUUCGCCAGAUGCUUGAGGAGUACGGAGAGCGACUUAUUGAGAUGGGUCGACCAGUUUGGCGUAUUCAAGCAGAUAACUUGAGUCGAACAGACUACGCUGGCGAUGGUUCUGCUCAAGUCUUCCAGGACCGACGAGCAUCUUUGGGCUCUUCGCAUGAACGGACACCCAGAACGCCAAUUAGCGGCAAGAAUUUUGACUGGGGAAGAGCUAGAAAGGAAAAUGUUGCUCCUGUUAGUCCUUUAGCUAUGAAAAUGUCUGAUAUGGAUGGUUCUCCUUCAAUGAGUGGAGACUAA